AUGCCUUCAGAGGCUCUUAAACACCCGCUGAGGCAACCAGCAAGGACUGUUCUGGCUGCAACACCCCCACGCCUUCGUCCAAAGGGUCCAGUGGGUCCAGACUUCUACCGGCAGUUCCCGACAGCAGCAGGCAGACCGAAGCAGAGCGCAGUAGAGCGGCUGGAAGCAGACAAAGCCAAAUAUGUGAAGAGUCAGGUUGCUCUUUCCAAACAGCAGCCUGUGAAGCCUCCAGAAGUCCAGAAACCUCUGCUGAACCCGGGGACAGCUCUUAGACCCACCAGGAAGACCUCAACCCCAACCAAAGCAAAGCAGGAGGAAGUCCAGCUCGACCUGAAGCAUCUGAGUAACCUCAUCAGUGGUGUGAACGAUGGACCCCAACCCAGUGUGAAGACAGAGGUCAGACCUGAUGGUGCAGAGAGUUCUCCCCAACAGACACCGACAGGGACGCCACAGAAAAAGGAGAGACCGUGUCCCCCUCCUCGUCCCCCUCCUCGUCCUGAUUGGUCCAGUCCAGCUAAAGUGAGGCUAAAAGCUUCUGGUCCUGCAAGAGUAGACAUUCCUAGUUCUCAGGGGUCUCCAGCUGCAGGGACGGUACGCAGAGUGGACGUCAUGCCUCAGGCCGGACCUUCAAGGACCCCCUGUAGACCGCCUCAGUUCAUCCGUCAGCCCCUCCAGCCUUUACACUCCCAGUUCCCGCUCCGCCCGGCUGUCUCAAACCUGCGCCUCUUCCACACCCGAACAACAACAGCAACAAGUCCUCUGAAACCUGUCGUGGCUGUACCCUCUAAACCUGAAAACCCCACCUCCCCUACAGAGGGAACCCCAGCCCCUGCUCCUCCUCUCCUGAGCCCGCCUCUUUUCCCUCCUUCCUCUCCUGCGAUCGCUCGUUUGUCCCCCUCCAGCCCCAGAAAGCGCCCCUCUCUAACCCGCUCCAAAUCGGACAUGAGCGACAGGUUCUCCCGCGCCGGCACAGAGCUGGAGCGCUUCUUCAACCUGUGUGGUCUGGACCCGGCGGACCUGCAGGAGCUGACCACAUCGAGCUCUGACAUCGUGUCUCUCGCUCGUUUCCGCAGCGUGAGCGCUCCGGGGUCAGAGGUUGCGGGCUCAGGCAGGGAGGAGGAAGACGACGAGGAGGAAGCGGACGCUGGGAACGCCGCUGGUCGUGCUCCGUACGGAGUUUCAGUCAUUGAGAGAAACGCUCGAGUGAUUAAAUGGCUGUACGGACUCCGUCAUGCAAAGGACAGUGCGAAUAAAAGCACAGAUUUAUAG